AUGUCUUCACCCAUUACCAACCGUACCGCCAUCCAAUUUUCCCCAAGUGCCUUAACGCCCGGCCUUCAUAUCUCGUCAUUUCCAGUCAGUUCAGCAGCGGCCAGUUCGAUCUUAGAACUAAUCAAGUCUACUCGCGGGAGCGCUGAGCGUGUCCCCGUCUCGAUCCCUUUAACUGCGCACCCGGGAGUCCACCAAGGCCAAGAUCAGUGCAUGAAGUGUGGCAUCUUUGGGCACCGUUCAUAUCAAUGUGCUCAAACCUCCAAUUCAGCCGAACCGAUCCCAGACUGGCGCCGUACAACUAACGGCAAGAUAUACAGUUUAAAGGCAUUACUCGGUAUGCCUCCUUACUGCAAGUGGACUAUGGACACGCUGUUGGAAGAUACCUCGAAUCAAAACAUCUACGAUAAGAGCCCAUCUGGCACGCCCACCCCUAUCAGUGUCACAACCGACCUUUCAAAUGGCCAACCGACCGAUUUGAAUACUCGAUCGAUGAAUUUGGAUCCACCUUCCACCAACAGCAAUCCGAACACUGCUUUGACCAAGAUCAUCGAUCUCGAGAUUGCAUCAUCCCCCGACAGGAUUGAUCUGACUUCCCCAAACGCCACUCCUAAGGCUACCUCAUUGUCAAACAAGAUUCCGUCCAUUCAUUCACACUCGAAACAAAGUACACGUCAAGCUUUCAAAGGAAAACAAACUCAAGCUUUCAACCCGGUGGUGUCCCCAUGGAACGAUUGGUCCAAGAUUUGGAGUUGGAGACCGAACAGUACCACUGCUGCUGCUGCUAUAAGCGAGAGUGUUACAGGCUUACGCGUGUCUAAUCUCUUUAUAUCGAAUUAUAGACAAUCUCUUGAUAUCGAAUUAUAG